CGAAUUUGGACAUCAAUUAAGCCAUGGGUUCUGAAAUGGGUGAACGACCGCUCAACGAGCUCCUCUCGCGAGACAUGGUCGACAUCUACGUCGGCAGCGACAACACCCGAUGGGUCCUGCACGAGAAACUCCUCUGCUACCGGUCGAAGUUCUUCCGCAGCAUUUUCCGGCCCAAACCGAACGGCAAGAAAGAGCAGUACUACGGACUCCCCGAUGAAGACGAUGAGCCAUUCAAGAUGUUCGUCGGCUGGUUGUACAGCGAACGCAUCCCAACGCCGCGGUCUGAAGACGAACUUUCGCCUCUGCUGGAUCUAUACCUUAUGGGAGAGAAGUGGGAGAUCAAGAAAUUGAUCGUCGAAGCUCUGGAUGCCGUGAGGAUCUUCUACCUCGAGACAGACUCAUGGCCGAGUUUGAGGAGAGUGCAAUACAUCUAUGCCAACACGGAAGUGGAGAGUCCUAUGCGCCAGCUGCUGGUGUCUUGCGCGGCGAGGAUGCUUGUGACAGGAGAAGGGAUUCCGGACCAUUGGCAGAAGGCUUUGAAGAGCAACGGAGAGUUGGCUGUGGACUUGAUCAUGUGCGUGCAGAAGUGGAAGGUCCAACCAGAUGCUAUCCCGGAACCGAGGAAGGAUAGCGUGAUGCCGAUCAUGAAGGAGGCACAACAGCAGGGAUUGAAGGUGGAUGAGGAUGAGGAUGAUGAGGACAAUAAGCUCGAUUGGGGCGAGGGUUUGACAUACAACCAGAACCAAAGCCAGGCUGGUGGAGACGAGUGA